AUACCGAAGAUUCUUCGAUUCAUUCAUUUUAAGACUUCUGUCUCUCCCUCCCCUGUUCUCUUCCCAAAUUGAUUCAGAUUCUUCCACUCUCUCUCUCACCCGAUCAAACCCUUUAAUGGGGUAAUAAAGCAAGCUUCAUCUUCUUCUGCCUGUCGUCUAGCGCUCAUGAUUCUCGCCGGCGCUCGGUCUUCAUGGUUUUGACCUCACUGGUGUGGACUGUACCGCUCGCAGCUGAGGUUUAAUAGCAGCGGUGUCUUGCAAUUGGAUGGAGGGAGGCUCGGCAGCUAUGGACUCCGUCGUUUCUCCCGAUGAAGAAGCUCCGCUGGUUGCGACCCGGUUGCCGAAUCAAGCUCCGAGGAAGCACACCAGAGAUGUUCACAUACUGAGCUGCGGUUUCCUGCUGAUAUUCCUGGCUUAUGGGGCUGCCCAGAAUCUUGAGACCAGCGUUAACACUACAGGGAAUUUGGGAACGAUUUCGCUGGGGAUACUGUAUGUGUCAUUCACAAUUUUCUCUUUAGGAGCGUCUUUGGUGGUUCGGGCGCUUGGUUCGAAGAAUGCAGUGCUGCUUGGGACUACUGGUUACUGGCUGUUCAUUGCUGCAAAUUUGAGGCCCUCAUGGUACACCAUGAUUCCAGCUUCUUUGUACCUUGGAUUCGCUUCUUCAAUAAUAUGGGUUGGAGAGGGGACCUAUCUCACUUCUACUGCCUGGAGUCAUGCUAAAGAUUCCAACCUGCAUGAAGGAACUGUCAUUGGCAGCUUUAAUGGAGAGUUCUGGGGAUUCUUCGCCAGUCACCAGCUUGUUGGGAACCUCAUAUCCCUCGCCAUUCUGCAAGACGAUGGAAGUGGGACUACUAGUGGGACAAAUUUACUAUUCACAGUGUUCCUUUGCAGCAUGACCUUAGGGACAAUACUCCUGUGCUUUUUACGAAAAAGGGAUGAUAAAGAAGGAACUGCUUCUGAGGAUCCCUCUUUUAGUCUUUAUUCUUAUUUGAAAUGUCAGACAAAUUUAGUGAUUAGUCCGCUUUUCGACAUACGGAUGCUAUUGAUAAUUCCCCUCAUCGCAUAUUCUGGAUUACAACAAGCAUAUGUGUGGGCUGAAUUCACUAAGGAGGUCGUGAAACCAGCCCUCGGUGUUCGUGGGGUGGGUGGCUCUAUGGCAGUUUAUGGGGCUUUUGAUGCAAUUUGUUCACUGGCUGCUGGUCGUCUCACCUCUGGUCUUACAUCAAUCACAUGGAUAGUUUCUGGUGGAGCUGUUCUUCAGGGUUGCGUUUUCCUUGCAUUGCUUGUGAGACACAGCUACAGUGGAGUCUACACAUACGUAUUCCCACUACUCCUUGCUUCAUUACUGGGGAUUGGCGAUGGAGUUCUUAACACACAGCUUAACGCGCUAAUUGCAUUACUCUUCAAACAGAACACGGAAGCUGCAUUUGCGCAGUUAAAGGUUUGGCAAUGUGGAGCCAUAGCAGCAGUGUUCUUCUUGAGCCCUUACAUCUCCUUGCAGGCGAUGUUGGUGACUAUGCUCGCCGCGGUUUGUGUCUCAUUUUUCACAUUCUUGUUUCUUACACUUCACGUAGAAAAAGCUUUCUCCCACUCCGCUUGAUGUAUAGCAUAGUAUGGCAAUACGUGUUUGGCCACUGAAUAUAUUGCAAAUGUCAAGUUAAGUUCCCUUCUUGUGGUUUGUUGUCAGAAACUACAUAUCAAUAUCGCUACAAGUGUUAUGCAGUUUUGGCUGUGGUGCCAUGAGUUUGGUCUUUGUCUUGCCUGGUUCUUUGCUCUCCUUGUGUUGAUCUUGAUUCGAGCUUGAGGGCAUGUAAUAGUGGCCAAAUUAUAAUUGUGAAUCUUUUCAUUUAAGCCUUGAGGUGAA